AAUAGGACUGAACAGUAAAGCUUCUGCUCGCUUCACACUGGUGUACUGUUAUGGCGGCCAAUGCUGUUUUCUCUCAAUUGCCCUCUAUUGGAUCAACAACGGACAUUGCUAUUUCUUCGCCUUCGUCUUCAGUGAAUGGGAAAGGUCUGAAGGAUUUUCUACACAUUAAUGAUUUUGAUAAAGCCACGAUUUUGAAUAUUUUGGAACGGGCAAAAGAGAUCAAGGCACUGAUAAAAUCAGGGGAGAGGACAUAUCUUCCAUUUAAGGGUAAAACAAUGGCUAUGAUUUUUGCCAAGCCAUCCAUGAGGACAAGAGUUUCAUUUGAGACAGGGUUUAACUUGCUUGGUGGUCAUACUAUAUACUUGGGACCAGAUGAUAUCCAGAUGGGUAAGCGGGAGGAAACCCGUGAUGUUGCUCGUGUUCUGUCUCGCUAUAAUGAUAUCAUUAUGGCUCGUUUGUUUGCUCAUCAGGACAUUCUUGAACUGGCUAAGUAUGCAACUGUUCCUGUUAUCAAUGGCCUGACAGAUUAUAACCAUCCUUGUCAAAUUAUGGCUGAUGCACUGACCAUCAUUGAGCACGUUGGUCAGCUGGAAAGGACUAAGGUUGUUUAUGUUGGAGAUGGAAACAACGUUGUGCAUUCUUGGCUGCUGUUGGCAUCAAUUGUUCCUUUUCAUUUUGUCUGUGCCUGCCCUAAAGGUUUUGAACCGGAUUAGGAGACAGUUAAGAAAGCACAACAGACUGGAGUCAGCAAGAUUGAGAUAAGUCACGAUCCCAGAGAAGCUGUUAUAGGAGCUGAUGUUGUGUAUUCAGACGUUUGGGCUAGUAUGGGUCAAAAAGAAGAAGCUGCAUAUCGCUGUCAACUAUUUCAAGGAUUCCAGGUGGAUGGGGAACUGAUGAAAGUAGCUGGGCCUAAAGCUUAUUUUAUGCAUUGUUUACCGGCAGAAAGAGGUGUAGAGGUCACGGAUGGUGUUAUGGAAGCUCCAAACUCCAUUGUCUUCCCCCAAGCUGAGAACCGGAUGCAUGCGCAAAAUGCCAUCACGCUUCAUCUGCUUGGAGUAUGAAUUUUCUUAGUCAAGGGACUUCAAUUGAUCCAAUCAUUUAGUUGACCCUUUUUCCUUGUUCUUUCUCGGUGCAAUUGGAAAACUUAGCCAUGUCUUCCUCGGUGGUCUGUGUUUUUCUUUUUUUUUCCCUUGUUAAACUCUUCUAAGAAAAGCUUAAAUGUAGUGGGAAUAAUUAGGGUGGGCACGAGUCGAGUACCUGUCCUAUCCACUAUUUGGUUGACUCGACCCGCACCUUGCGAGUCAACUAUUUUCUGA